UCGGUCGCCCUACUGUGACGUCACAUUUCCCCAGAAUUCUUUGCGGCUGUCCCCCAGAGCGAAAAUGGCGUCGAAGGCACCAGCUGCAGGAAGGCUUGCUGUGGGCUUCAGGAAAUGGUACUACAAUGCAGCCGGGUUCAACAAGCUUGGACUGAUGCGAGAUGACACUAUCUACGAGAACCCAGAUGUGAAGGAGGCUAUUCGCCGGCUUCCAGAGCCAGUCUACAACGACCGAAUGUUCCGCAUUAAAAGGGCUCUUGAUCUCUCCUUGAAGCAUCAGAUUCUUCCCAAGAACCAGUGGACACAAUUUGAGGAGGAUGUGCCAUACCUUCAGCCGUACUUGAAGGAGGUUAUUCGUGAAAGAACGGAAAGGGAGGAGUGGCAGAAGAAAUAGAAUAAAGGGGAAGGUUUGAGGCAGUGGCUGAUCUCUUGUAUUUAAGAUAACGUUUAUCCGGUAUGACGUCCGUGUACUUAUUAAAUGUAAUUUCUGUCAA